AAAAAUCACAUUAGCGUCUCUUACAUCAUACACGCAUAUCACGAUCUCUUCCAGUCCCUUCCAUGACAAAUCCCUUCCUUUCCGUUUCCUUCUACAAAUCUUCAAAAUACAAAAUUUCUCAUCAAACCCCAAUUUUCACUUUUAUCUCUCUACAACCUUCUCUCUCUCUAUCGAAUGAUUCUAGAACCUUCGUGAAUCCUCCCUCCACCACCAGCUUCAUGGACCACUGCCUUCACUGCCGUCCUACAUUCGAUGCCUGAACUGCGUGGCCGAACACGCAGAAUUCUGAACUGCGUAACCAUCAGAAUCCGAGCCCGGUUAAGCUCACUGUACAGACUCGUAAAAGAAGAACCGCGGAGGUUAACAGCUAGAUAAAAAAGAACACGGUCGUUGAUGAUAAGGAGAAAAUUGUGAGAUUACCGGAUACGAAGCCGUCUAGAAAGGAAAAGCAAGGCGAGGAAGCCUGGGUUUUGAGAAAAGACGAAGGGAUUGCUAAUAAGAACAUGGACGGGUAUGAUAGCGGCGGCGGACGGAGCGCCGACAAGGGAACUGGAGCAGAAGAUGAAGGAAGCACUGCUCCUCUUCCCGAGAAGGUCCAAGUUGGUGAUUCUCCAACGUACAAAAUAGAUAGAAAACUGGGUAAAGGAGGUUUUGGACAGGUUUAUGUUGGUCGAAGAAUUGGUCCCACCAAUUUUUCAAAUGAAAGAACUGGUCCUGGAGCUUUAGAGGUAGCAUUAAAAUUUGAGCAUAGAAGCAGCAAAGGAUGUAAUUAUGGACCACCUUAUGAGUGGCAAGUUUACAAUGCACUUGGGGGCAGUCAUGGUGUGCCACGUGCUCAUUACAAAGGAAGGCAGGGUGACUACUAUGUUAUGGUUAUGGAUAUGCUUGGACCUAGUCUAUGGGAUGUUUGGAAUAACAACUCACACACGAUGUCCAUUGAUAUGGUCGCUUGCAUUGCCAUUGAAGCCAUCUCUAUACUUGAAAAGAUGCAUUCUAGAGGAUAUGUCCAUGGGGAUGUAAAACCUGAAAACUUUUUACUUGGUCCACGAGGAACUCCUGAAGAAAAAAAGCUGUUUCUUGUUGAUCUUGGAUUAGCAACCCGGUGGAGAGAUUGUUCAACUGGUCUUCAUGUUGAAUAUGAUCAACGCCCAGAUGUUUUUAGGGGAACUGUGCGAUAUGCCAGUGUUCAUGCUCAUCUUGGUAGAACUGGUAGCAGGAGAGAUGAUUUAGAAUCUCUUGCCUACACUCUCAUCUUUCUUCUCCGCGGUCGACUGCCUUGGCAAGGAUAUCAGGGGGAAAAUAAAGGGUUCUUUGUUUGCAAGAAGAAGAUGGCGACUUCUCCAGAAGCUUUGUGUUGCUUCUGUCCUCAGCCUUUUAGACAGUUUGUUGAGCAUGUUGUAAAUCUGAAGUUUGAUGAAGAGCCAAAUUAUGCAAAAUAUAUCUCCCUUUUUGAUGGAAUUGUUGGUCCAAAUCCAGACAUAAGACCUAUUAACACUGAUGGUGCUCAGAAGCUUAUAUAUCAGGUUGGGAACAAGAGAGGGCGACUGACAAUGGAGGAAGAAGAAGAUGAACAACCAAAGAAAAAGGUCAGGAUGGGGAUGCCUGCAACACAGUGGAUAAGUGUUUAUAAUGCUCGUCGGCCUAUGAAACAAAGAUAUCACUAUAACGUGGCUGAUGUGAGGCUCUCCCAACACAUAGAGAAGGGUAAUGAAGAUGGAUUAUUUAUCAGCAGCGUGGCUUCUUGCUCAAACCUAUGGGCCUUAAUUAUGGAUGCUGGCACUAAUUUCAGUGCUCAAGUUUAUGAGCUCUCUCCUUAUUUUCUCCACAAGGAAUGGAUAAUGGAACAGUGGGAGAAGAAUUAUUACAUUAGUGCAAUUGCGGGAGCUAAUAAUGGGAGUUCAUUAGUUGUGAUGUCUAAGGGUACUCAGUAUUUACAGCAGUCUUACAAAGUAAGCGAUUCUUUUCCCUUCAAGUGGAUCAAUAAGAAAUGGAGAGAGGGUUUUUAUGUCACAACUAUGGCCACUGCUGGAAGUAGAUGGGCGAUAGUUAUGUCUCGUGGCACAGGAUUUUCAGACCAGGUUGUGGAGCUGGAUUUUCUAUAUCCCAGUGAAGGCAUUCAUCGUAGGUGGGAUAGUGGUUACCGCAUCACUUCAACUGCAGCAACGUGGGACCAAGCUGCUUUUGUUCUCAGUGUGCCAAGAAGAAAACCAGUAGAUGAAACUCAAGAAACACUUCGAACUUCUGCUUUUCCCAGUACACACGUCAAGGAGAAAUGGGCUACAAAUCUUUAUAUUGCAUCUGUUUGUUAUGGUCGAACUGUCUCAUGAAUGACUGAAGUUUUGCUGGGGAUGCUGUUGUUGUUAUCAUGACAAUUUAGAAGACAGUUCUCACCAUUUAUGAUCCUCCUCUGAGAAGCAAAGAUCUGCUUAAGCCAAAUUGACUCGUCAUGGCAUUUGGGAGUCAAUGUAUGCAAAACUCUACCUUAAUGUAGCCAUCACAUAGCAUCCAUUAAUACCCGUGCACUGACUUUCAAUUGGGUUGAAAUGCUUUUAGGGUGGCAUCGAUUUACCCAUUGCUAAGAAGUUUGUAUAGUUAUGAACAGUAGUUGAAGGGGCGUGCACUGGCCGUGUCUUCUUUGUUGAUGGUAUUUUUGAAAGCUUGCUAUUAUGAUUUUGCUUUGGGCUAUGGUCAUUUUCAGUCAUUUAGUCUGUACUUGUCUUAUGCUUCUUCCAUCUUUUCGGACUUGAAGAUCCUAGCGAUCUUUCACUUCUGUACUUCCAGGAUGUCUGAAUGACCUAAAAGACAGAGGAUGUACUCCAUUUGUAUACUUUUCAACAACAGUCUGUACCCUUUUCUAAUUAUUAAUGCUUUAUGCUGUAAUCUUAUGCAUAUUUGUACCUCUCAAGAACAACUCGGUGCAUGUGCUGCAUUCUGUAAUCUUAUGCAUAUUUGUACCUCUCAAGAACAACUUGGUGCAUGUGCUGCAUUAUUUAUCUGGCUAUAUUUGAGUGCGGUUAGUUGACUAAACAUUAAAACACAACUGAUUUUUUUCUCCCAAAGAAGAUUCUUGUUCAACAUUAUCAGAGUGGCCUCCAUAACUUCUGUUUUGGAAAGAGUACAGAGCUUAUACCAUUAAAUUUUUGGGAAAGAAAGUUUGUCUAUGUUCAGGUCUAGGUAUUUGAUACCUUUAUUAAAUAUAUAUCCUUAAGGUAAUACAUGGCAAUUUUCUGGCAGGUUAGUCCAUUGCACUCAUCCAGAUUUUAAAAGCUGUCAUCUGUAUAUCAGAGAGGUUUUUAGCUGCCAAUUUUUUGUUUGUCUAUUUUUGUUCAAGUAACCUGGCAAUUUAGGUACCUAGAUUUUGGUGUAUUAUCAGGCAUCACAGGCUAAAUUGUGAAUAUUUAUGGCCAAGUACUUCAAGGCAGGAAGCAAGCAAGACUACUGCAAGAAUUUGUGUUACUGAGAGAUCAACUUAUCUUUUUGCUUGUGGCUUCCUGGGAACAUCAAAUAGAUGAGAAGUUCUUCAGACUUGGAACUACUUUUGAGCAUUCUUGACCAGGAAUUCUAUGGACUUUGAACCUAGUGUACAAACUGAAUGGAUAGAUGUUCCAUGUCUGAUAUGAUUAUUGAAUGCUAACGAGAAACAAUGCCUCUUCUUCAUGUCAAUGGUAAGCAGCCCCUUUGGAUUUUCCAGAAGAACAAACAUCCAUUAUUUUUGUCAUGACUUCAUCUCUGGUGGCACUUCACUGGACACAUUUGUGAUCAUCUUCUCUAACCCGGACUGUCAAGGAUAAAAGAAUGGAUGGGUUUUCCUGUGAAGACAACCUGUUGGGAAACGAGUAGUGUUCUAAUUAAAGAGCUUGAUCACUACCUAGACCAGGGUUCUUCUGAUGUGUGGUAUGCAAUUGAAAUUAGUAAGUUUGCUUCUUUCUUGAACAAUUUGCACUAUCAGUUGCAUGUGGCUAACAUAAAGCUGACAUGGGUGAUGUUUGAUGAGAUAUUACUAUCGACCCCUUUGAUGGCUGCAAAAUAUGAUUACAAAAAUAAGCUAAUAAUUAAAACCUUCAAUUUCUUGCUUGCAUCCAAGAAAUGGAAGGAAGGAAAGAUCUCCAAUAACCUGGCUCAGGCAUGUUGGAAUUGGAUGGGGUAGAGUUGGAAGUUCUUUCUAGAAACUCUUACUGGGACCGUUCACCAUAUAGAGUGAUUGCUGGGCUCUUAGUAUGAUGAAGGAAAUUUGAUUUUAUUGUUC